AAGACACGAGGCAGGGAAACGGGAAGAUCUGCGUGAGCUUGAAACAGAACUGAAGAUCUUGUCAAUUAAAGAGCACGCGAGCCGGAGAGCGUUGUGUUAUUUUGUCCACUGGAGCCAUAAUCCAAAUUAAGUUACACUGGUUACAACCGACAGCGGAAAAUGGGGUGCUUCUUCUCAAAAAAAUCCCGAAGAAAAUCAGCUGAGAAAGAGGAGCGUACGCAGACCACGACGACUGCUGAAACUACGUCAAGCAGCACCGUUCCCCUUGGCAAUAACACCGAAGAAGCACCGAAACAAUACAGCUGGGAUAAGCGUGAAAAGGUUGAUCCGAAGGACUACAUGGUGACAGGCAUCAAAGAUGCCACAGUAGGCCGUCUGCCUGGCAAACUGAACGGGCAGCAGUUUGUCAUCCAGGACUGUGAGAACUGCAACAUCUACGUGUUCGACCACUCUGCCACCAUCACCAUCGAUGACUGUGUCAACUGUCGCAUUGUUUUGGGACCCGUCAAGGGCAGUGUGUUUUUCAGAGACUGCAAGGACAUCAAGUGCGUGGUGGCCUGUCAGCAGUUUCGCACACGAGACUGUAAGAAGAUGGAGGUGUUCUUGUGCUGUGCCACUCAGCCCAUCAUCGAGUCGUCGACAGGCAUGAAGUUUGGCUGCUUUCAGUACUAUUACCCCGAGCUGGCCUUCCACUUCAAGGACGCCGGGCUCAGCAUAUUCAAUAAUAACUGGAGCAACAUCCACGAUUUCACGCCGGUGUCUGGAGAGAACAACUGGAGCUUGUUGCCCGAGGCAGCCGUGGUUCUGGAUCACGUGCCGGCUCCAGAUCCCGAGUCUGAGUUCAAGUCCGUUCGGAUCUCCACUGAACCAGCACGCAGCAUCGUGCCUUUGACAAAGGGAGGGAGGCGUAAGGACAGCGAGGAGUCCUGCCUCUUUGUGUUUUUCGCUGGGGACUACACCACUGCAAAUGCCCGCAAACUCAUUGAUGAGGCAACUGCCAAAGGUUUCGUGUUGAUCCAGACUAAAGAAGUCUCGAUGCGACCCGAGGAUGUGAAGCGAGUGUUUCAGAACAACGCAGAGGGGCUUGUGGAGUGGAUCACUAAAGGCCCAGUUAUUGCUCUUGAGUUGAACGGUGAUGGAGUCGUGGAAGCCUGCAAGAAUAUAGCCCAUGAAGUGUUCAGUGGGACCAAGGUUUUUGUUUCCGAUAACAAAAAUACAUCCUCUCGGGAUGUGGACAACUUCUUCAACUUCGCCGACAUGCAGAUGGGCUUGUAAAUUCACUCAGCAUCCAAACAAACAGGUUUUGGAUCACAUUUUCUAAACCCCAACCGUCCAGUUAGGGCUGUACCCUGUAGUAUUUGAUUAUUUCCCUCCUUUGUCCUGUAUCUCAAAAUUGGGAGAACUCUCUUCAACCAUGCCUUUUUAAAUAAGGGAUUUGAUAAGGAUAAGACUGUUGACAUCAACCAUUACUUUACAUAUUUCUUAGAUUUAUCCUCUGUCCUCUGAAGACAAGGAAGAGAAAAUAUUUGCUGUAAACCACUGAACAUAUGGAAAUUGCUACUUGUGCUGUGAAUAUUUAUAUUUUCUAUGAAUGUAUUUUAUAAUUCUGUUGCUGAUCUAUUAUUUGAAUGUAGCUUUAUGGCUGUAAAUUUAGUUCAGUGUAACUUGAACCGUUAUUCUCUUUGUUGUGUGAAAUAAUCGUUACAGUGGAAAAACCGUGAGCACAAGAAUGCUUGAGGGAAUUCUUUUUUUAUAUAUAAAAAUAAUAUUUUUAUUUCCUCUAAGGAUUUAUUUGUGUGUUUGGUAUAGAUGACUGGUUUUUCCUUAAGAUGUGUAAAUUUCUGACUUGCUGUAUAGGUGAUAGCUACAUCUUUGUCAAUAUGUAAUAGGGCCAAACAUUGUAUGGGAAGAGCUUUAUGUGUGUAUCUUGCUGUUCAUUCAGGUUUACCCAGCCAUUUUGACCAAAUCAGAAUGGGCACAGAUGUAUUGAUCUUUUUUUUUUUUUUUUUUUUUUUUAAUGGCUAGGUUUAAUAUAGGAAAUUCUUGUAAUCACGUUUUUAUUUUAUUUUGUAAUAUCACUUGUUUUAUACUGUCAGUGAAUGUUUUUGUAUAGAAAACCAAUUAGCGUUCUUAAAUCAUCCUUCAAAGUUU